ACUCAACAAACAAACAGAAAAAAAGAAACCCAAAUUGUCGAUGAUGAUGAAGCCUAACAAACUCGUAUUCUUCUUGAUUCUCACAUCAGUCAUCAUCUUGAUGACAUCGCAAGGUUCUUCCGGCGUAAAUUACGGCGGUAAUAUCGAACCAUGCCUCGCUUGCAAGUACCAACGCCGUCGUUGCACAUCGGACUGUAUCUUUCGUCUUCAUUUUCCGGUGGGACAAAAUCAAGAUUUCCAAAACGUUCACCGUCUAUUCGGCGUCGGCCGUGUGGUAAAAUAUCUCGAAAACAUGGAGCCGGAGGUACGAGGAGACGCAAUGAAAUCGAUUAUUUACCAUUCCAACAUGCGCUCUCAAUUCCCCGUCGAUGGCUGUUACAGAGUCAUUUCCCAUCUCCGAUACCAAAUCGAACUCCUCAACGCUGAACUACUUCACACCCGUUCUCUACUCACCGCCUUCGUCGCCGCAUCCAAUCCAAGCGCCGCUUUCUUCAAUCCCACCGCCGCCAACUUCUUUUAUCCCGCCGCCAACAACUUCUUUAAUCCCUCUGCCGCCGCCAACUUCUUUUAUCCCGCCGCCAACAACUUCUUUAAUCCCUCUGCCGCCGCCAACUUCUUUUAUCCCGCCGCCUCCGUCGAGUCAGAGCUAAUAAAUCCUUCUCGAAACCUCAACGCAAAGAACGACGACUUCACGAGAGUUCCCGCUAACGAUGGAACGAUCGAUUUCUUGGGCAGCGGAGGGUUUUGUGGUAAUUUCGCAGACGAGGAGUGUGUGACCGAGACGACGCCGUUAGAGGGAGCGCCUAACAACAACGCCCAACAGUGUCUUCCCAAUACGAACAAUCUCGGUUCGAGCCCUCAUAAUGCAAAUGCCAACGAAGCGUUGGAACAAGAACAACUCGGUUCGAGCCCUCAUAAUGCAAAUGCCAACGAAGCGUUGGAACAAGAACAACUCGGUGGUGCUCCUCGUAACAAUGAUAUCCCGAGAGAGCUUUAUGAAUUCCUUACUAUUGAGGAAAGAUCUUUCUCGGAAGCUCAAGAUUCCGGUGACAAGUGGUACGUUUUCCGAUUUCCUUAUUCUAUUAUUUGCACUAUUUAAUUAUAUGAUUAAAACUUGAAAUAAUUGUAAAGAAAAUUUUAAGACAAUGGCAUAAAGAAAAAGAUUUCAGUGUU